AGGGUUGUCAAGUAACAUCGGUGUUGUUUAGUCUCGUUUAUAAUUUACAAUUAUUAAAAUAAAUACGAUAUAAAUACAACUGGUUGUAAUUACUCUUGUUAUCCGUUGCUAGGAUGCUAGCGUCUGGCAGUGAAGUGCAAUUGAAAACAUGGAUAACGUUAGCUAUGAUAUAUCUGACACAACGUUAAGCAUAUAUUGAGAUAUAUACAUGUAGUCAUUGGUAAUGCGUUUGUCAGUUUACAAUGCUUAAUAAUAUAUUUCCGGCAUGGAUGUGGUCUGGAUCAAACCGUCCAGGGUGUUGUAGUGGAACAUUUUUAAUCCUGUUAUUAAUUGUGUCGACUUGGCUCUGUGGUAUACAUGCCAGUCUAAGUUUAGGACCAGGUGGGGAAUUUCCUGGAUUUUAUGAUUUCAUCUUCUACGCCUUCAGUAACGAAGAGCUGACCUCAUUUCUCCACAACAUCUCCCUGCUGCUGUGGAUCGGGCCCUGUCAGGAGAGAAGAUGGGGGACUUUUACCUUCCUCACCCUCUCCUUUAUCUCCACUCUGCUCCUUCCUCCUAUUUAUGCCCUGUUUCUCUUUGUUACUGGAGAUGAAGCCAGCAGGGUCUCUGGAUACGCAGCUACUCACCUUGCCCUGCUCACGGCUCAGUGUCGACAGGUCAAGCAGAGGAGAGUCCUGCGCUUUGUUCCUGUCUGGUUCUUGCCUUGGCUCUUGUUGAUCUUUGACCUCUUCCUCCUACCCAGUGCUCCAGGCCUGCUGCACUUCUAUGCCAUUUGCCUGGGACUCAACUACAACAAUGAGUUAAUUGAAAUGCUGGAGCAGAUAGAGAGACUGGGUGCAUGUGCCUGCUUGCCAAAAUGGGCCUACAUCCCUGUUACCUCUCAUUUACAACUACCAGUUUACAACAACACCUCAACAAGACCGGAGCCAUUUGCCAGUGCAUUCCAGUCUGAGAAUUAUUCAACAUGGCAGCAGUCUGUGUCAGAGUGGCCCCAGGAGUCUCCGUUAGCAACAGAUUCACAGUUAUUAGAAGAGCAGAUGCUAAGAGCAGGAAUAUUAGCAUCUCUCCAUGACGCACCUGAGGGUACAGCCGACAAAGUGGAAGUACCAAAGUCCUCAGUAUCCUCAUUACGGUUGCAGCAGCUGGAGAAGAUGGGCUUCCCCACAGAGAAAGCUGUAGUGGCUCUGGCGGCUACAGGGCAGCUAGAUGGAGCAAUCUCUUUGCUUAUCGAUGAUCAGAUUGGAGAGGAGACUGUGGUCAUAUCGAAGGGAAGAAGUCAGCAUCAUAGCUCAGGGAGAUCGCUUCAUAUUGAAGCAUUGCCCUAUUCCUUUACUUAGGCAAGUUGAACUGUCAUUGAGAGUAUUUACUUAUUUUUUGUGACUUUGUGGUGCACAACAGAAAGCUCCAGUGGAUUAUGGGAGGUGUGGAAAAUUAUUAUAGCUAUACAAUGGUUUUGGCAGCUUUUAUGAUGAAGUUUG